CCGCCGGCGGGAGGCGUUGGCGAGCCCGGCGCCGCUCCGUGCCCUUGGCUGGGGAAGCGCCCGCCGCGGCCAUGGGGGCCUGGCCCGCCGUGCCCCUGCUCAUCAACUUCGGCGGGUCGCUGCUGGGCUUCGUGGCCACGCUGACGCUGAUCCCGGCCUUCAAGGACCGCUUCCUCGCCGCGCGGCUCUUCGGUGCGGACCUCAACAAGGCCUCCCGGCAGCCUGUCCCCGAGGCACAGGGCGUGAUCAGCGGUGCCGUGUUCCUGAUCAUCCUCUUCUGCUUCAUCCCCGUGCCCUUCCUGCGGUGCUUUGUGGAGGAGCAGUGCGCGGCCUUCCCUCACGACGAGUUCGUCGAGUUCAUCGGUUCGCUCCUCGCCAUCUGCUGCAUGAUUUUCUUGGGCUUUGCGGACGACGUUCUGAACCUGCGCUGGCGCCACAAGCUCCUUCUUCCCACAAUGGCUUCUCUCCCACUGCUCAUGGUUUACUUCACCAACUUUGGGAACACGACCAUCGUGGUGCCCAAGCCCUUCCGGGUGCUGCUGGGCGUGCACUUGGACCUGGGUGUCCUCUACUACGUGUACAUGGGCAUGCUGGCAGUGUUCUGCACUAACGCCAUCAACAUUCUCGCUGGAAUUAACGGAAUUGAAGCAGGGCAGUCGUUGGUGAUAGCUGCUUCCAUUAUCGUAUUCAACAUUGUAGAGUUAAAUGGGGAUUGUCGAGAUGAUCACAUUUUUUCUCUCUACUUCAUGAUUCCCUUUUUUUUUACCACGCUGGGGCUGCUUUACCACAACUGGUACCCAUCUCGCGUGUUUGUUGGGGACACCUUCUGCUACUUCGCCGGCAUGACCUUCGCUGUGGUGGGGAUCUUGGGGCACUUCAGCAAAACAAUGCUGCUUUUUUUCAUCCCGCAAGUGCUCAACUUCCUCUACUCCUUGCCUCAACUCUUCCACAUCAUUCCUUGUCCCCGUCACCGGCUGCCAAGGCUCAACACUAGCACAGGGAAGUUGGAGAUGAGCUACUCCAAAUUCAAAACUAAGAGCCUCUCUGCCCUGGGUACAAACAUUCUGAAGGCAGUCAAGAUCUUGCGCGUAGUAGAUGUGAGGAGUGGAAUAGAUGAAGACGGCGAGUACACCGAGUGCAAUAAUAUGACACUCAUUAACUUUGUGAUAAAGCUGAUUGGACCCACCCACGAGCGAAGUCUCACUCUCCUGUUGCUACUCCUUCAGGUCCUGGGCAGCACAAUUGCAUUUUCAAUCCGGUACCAGCUAGUGCGCUUGUUUUAUGAUGUCUGACUGGACUGUCAGGGAGCAGAGGAAAGAGUUGUACCUAUCACUCAGUUUUUCCAGUUGCUGACCAAAUGAUUCAACGGAUCUGACUCUGGCCCUCCAAGAACUUCAGGACACCUGUCAAAAUGCAAGUACCUAUUCUGCGUGGGCUUGAACUGUAAUUAUCUUCUCCUUUUGCACACAGAAGGCUUUUGUUCAACUCUCCUGACAGAAAAGAUUCGCUGCUACUUGGACAUGAUGGGUGCUGGGAGUGCCCUUCAGAGAGGAAGGAAACAAAUGUUUACUCACAGCGCUUAGGGCAAGUGGGAAAGGUGAGAUCUGUACAUCUGACAAGCACGUUACUGUUCCCAAGAGAGAAAACGGACUGCAAUUUCUGUGAGACUCUACAGCAGAACAAGUAAACCAGAAUCCUCUCCUGGCUUCUCCAAUCUUGUUUUUGGCCCACGGACAUAGAGUAAUGUGUUAUAAACCAAAGCUCAGAGCACUCUGAGAAUAAAAUAACUCAUGGUA